AUGCUUUCCGGAGACGACUCGCUGAGGAACAGACCCGAAAGGGGACUUCAACAGGAAAAACGUUACAGCGAACCUCCGCUCGUCGAGGCACACGGAAACACGGGUCUGCAGAAGCGGGUGACCCGAGUCCGGCAACGGCCCCCACCGCCCCCCGGCGAGCUCCGCCACGAGGCCCCUCACGUUCCUGGCCUCUCCCGCGGCCCGUACGCCCCCAAGUCCCCGGCCUUUCCCGUAGCCCCUCACCUCCCAGGUCCCGCUGGCUGGGACGUGGGCGCGGCGGCGAGCAGGGCCGAAGCAGCCUCUGGACACUUCCGGUGUGGUGAGGGCCUCCGAGGCCUGAGUGGUCAGCAAACUCCGAGGCCCAACAGCAUGCCCUCGAACCCUCUUCUCUGUGUACUGCACGGAGAGAAAGAGACAUCCAUUCAGCCCGAAGCCGCUAGAAGCCGGGGAAAAGCGCGCUCCGAGCCGCCAUUUUGUAACUCGAAUCUACCCCUCACAACCAAUUCGAAAAAAGGGAGGAAAGAAACGCCCGCGUCGGGCUGCUGGGCAAGCGCGUCGGAGCUUCGGGCAACAGCACCUCUUCCGGCUGGGCGUCUGGGGUCACACAGCGCAUGCGCACGCCUCCUUGUGCCUGGUCGCGGGGAGGAGCACGAGAUCUCGCGCAUGUGCACGCAGACAGGGUGGACUGGCGCAGCCCGCGGUGCGGGCGAACCUGGAGCACGUUGGUCACGUGUUAGCCGCCGUCCGCCUUGGAAGCGGUUCGCUUGCCUGUCGCUGCGGAGUCUGGCUGCUUCUCUGGAGCGGGCCAGGGCCUCGCGAUCUCCGAGGUCGGCCGCUUCUGCCGCCGCCGUCCGUCCGCACGAGAGGAGCACCUGCCGUCGGGUUUCCUGUCGGGAGCGGAGGGCGGAACUGACUGGCCGGAAGCAGCGCGACCAGUGGCGUGUCCUCACCUGGGUCCUGGUCGGGACUCGGGGCUUUAUCUUCUAAGCAGUGUUGGGUUGUUCUACGGGACUCGGUCUUGUCCAACGCUGCUUGAUGGAUUUUCCUUAUCCAUAUCUGGUCUGUGUGACGGCAGCUUCAGUCUAUCUGCAGUGCGCUGUGGUUGUAGAUACUAUGUACGUGUGGCUGAGGACAGGAGACCUGGGCUUCCCUAACUUCUUCAUUGCCUUGAUUUGCCACACUUCUGUACCCCCUGCUUCUCCAUGAUGGAA